GCGGUGAAGGGCUGGCCAGGGGCUGGCGUGAGGGUCCUCUGAGCUGGGACCUCGAGAACGCCUCUUGCAGACCAUGGGCGGCGGCCAGAGCACCCCGGAGGCGCCGCAGCCGCAGCCCGCCGCCCCGGAGAACCCCGAGCGGCCCCCACCCGAGCCUCACCCUUGGGUGCGGCUGGAGGGCCCGUGGGGGCCGCUGGAUGACGUGCGCUUCCUCAUCACCUGCACGCCCUGGUAUUGAUUCAACCGCCUACCAGCCUGUCCUCAUCGCCCUCCGCCCGGCCAGACCCCGUCUUCUCGCCCUGGCGCCCUUUAGACAUGGACCGAGAACUUAAAGAGGCCACGGGGAAGAAAGUCGAGGCAGGGCCCCCACCUCCGCUUUCUAGAAGCCUCUCCUCCGGCCACCUCCAACCAUUCUGAGCCUGGGGCUGCCCAGUUUUCAGGUCACAGCUGUUGUUCCCUUGCCCGUGACAGUACAGAAUCCUCUACUCCCUGCCACCGGUUUCCAGAACCAGCCAAGGCCCCUGGUAAGACCCCAAGGCUGCAGACCUGCGGACCCCCUCCAUCUCUUGCACAGAACUGGGCUCUCUGGCCUGCCUCACUUCAAGGCAUCCUUCCAGCCCCUGCCGUGGAGGGCUUGCUGCUUCCCACCCUGGAGCCCCAUGAAGCUGUAUCCCUGACCCCACUGACGUCUACCCCUCGGGGGACACCCGAUGGCUGCUCCGUGGCAUGGAGACAGAUGUUUAGGCCGCUCCUGGACAACCGAAUCACCCUGCUUCCCCUGCUCCCGAAGCUUCUUUUGGCCACCACUCUGAGCCAGCUUCUUGUCCCCAGGCCCCAGGGAAGUCAUACACCCGUGUUUUUGUUUUAUUUAGAAAUGAUUUAAAAAACAUUAUACAAAGGCUGAUCAGUUUAAAAUGUGACCGACGCUGAAAUGUUGUGAUGUCCCCAGGCUGCGGGGAAGCUGGGUUCUGGAGCCCCCAGUGCUUUGCCCUGCUGUCUGUCUGUCACCCCUCGCCCGUGCUGAGGUGGGGGCACAAACAGAUGGUCACAAUGCAGGAGAGCCCGAGAUUGAAGCCCGCCCUCACCAGGCCUGGCCCCACAUCCCUCACAUCUGCAGCCCGGGCUGCCUGCCUCCAUCUCCUGCUCACUCUCAGCUGGCCUGGAAAGGUCCAGGAGCCUGCGGGGCCUAGAGCUGUCAAUUGAGAGCACCAACCUUAGGGGUGGAGAGGGGCCGGUGGAGCAAAAAGGGUGACCUGGAGGUGACGGAGGGACAUUCUGCUGCCUUGGACCCUGGAGGGCUCCAUAGGUGGGGACACAGGCCCAGACAGCCCACUGGGUGGCCUGGGCGAGGAACAGAACCGAUCUGUGCUUCAUCUAAGGGAAGGGCAUGAUGAGAGUCACCCUGAGCCUCCCAAGGCCUGUGUGAGUUUCAUGUGAAUGGACAGAUGUGAGCUAAUAAAGUGCUUUGCAAAGUAUAAAA